AUGAACAAAACCUUAUCACAGCAGUUUCCUGUUGUUAAAAAAGAUAUUCUCUAUAAGAAAACAGUUCUUCCACUGCACAGGAAAAGGAGAAGGCCCUGGAGAAAACUUCUUUGGGUUAAACAAGAUUAUCCUGAUAAUUGGGUUGAUAAAUCAUUUUUAAAAGAAUUACGACGCAACGUGAAUGUACGAUCCUAUGAUUUUUGGUCUCUUUUUGCAGAUAGUAUCGUUCUUACACAACAUCUUUCUAGUAUAGCUAUAUUCAUUUGUGUAUUCAUUGCAAUUUAUCAUGAACGCAUGUCACCUGCCAUUCUGGCUGGGAUAUCUACAGGUUUUACGAUUUUUUGUUAUAUUUUUUGGGAUCUGAGUGUAACUAAGUUCAAUUAUAAUCAAAAUGUUCGGAAUCGAAAAGAAAUAACAAAAUUUUCUAUAUUAAUUAUCCUUACUAUUUUCUGUAUUUCUCCUAUUUUAGAAUCUCUUACAAAAUCAACAACAUCUGAUUCAAUAUGGGCAAUGACAUUCUGUCUAUUUUUGGCUAACAUUUUUUUUCAUGACUAUUCUACAGCUGAAUGGGCCAAUAAAAAAUUUCCUGGUACUUUAUCUACCAAUGCGGGUAUGAUGGCAUCAGUUAUGCUUGCAUCACGUUUAACAUCAUAUAUUCAUGUUUUUUCAUUAAUGGUUUUUGCAGUUGAAUGGUUUGCUUUAUUUCCUAUUUUUCGACGUUAUCUUCGGCAAAAUUUUUCAUUUAUAAUUCAUCUUAUUUUAACUGUAUUUCUUCUUGCACUAGCUUCAAUAUUAAUUGCAUUGGAAAUAUCUUUUGUACUUACAUUGGUAUUUCUUUUUGGAUUUUUUUUCAUUUCUUUUGUAUGUCCAUUAUGGAUAAUAAGUCUUCAAAAAUAUAAAAGUGAAAUACAUGGUCCUUGGGAUAUUGCAAAACCAAAAUUAGGAAGCAGUUCAGGAUAA